GGCCGCAAUCCCCAGUGCGCCAGCCUCCAGUAUCCCUACUUCUGUGCCUGUGGCCUCAAGCAUGACGACUCUGAACACAGCCCUCCCCUCCUCCAUUGGGCAGCAGCCUCAGAUGCCCUGCAAUGGCACAGCGGGGGGUAUGGGAAUGGCAAAUCACCCCACCCCUAUUUUGGGACAGACAGACGAGAACUGGAGGAAGUCGGAUGUUCUAUCUCAGUUUCCUGCUGUCUCUGGGAAAGAUCUUCCUGUGAAGCCUCUGAUUCCUGAGGGCCUACAGCUGGCCCACCCUGCAGUCAACAGCCUGUUUGGAAUAUCCAUCCAGAUAGACGGGGAUGAGGAUAGGAACCCCUCCACUGCGUUCUACCAAGCCUUCCAGCCUGGCGGCAAGCUGCGGAACUGGAAGGCACUCAGCGAUAGUGCCUCUGGGGCCAGUGUUGUUGCCAUUGACAACAAAAUAGAGCAAGCAAUGGAUUUGGUCAAGAGCCAUCUGAUGUAUGCCGUACGUGAGGAGGUGGAGGUGUUGAAAGAGCAGAUCAAGGAGCUGUAUGAGAGGAACUCAGUUCUGGAGCGGGAGAACGCCGUCCUAAAGUCCCUUGCCAGCAGUGACCAGCUCUCCCAGCUGUCCGUCCACCCGGCCACCGCCCCCUCGAACAGCUCUCCACCACAGCUGACCGGAGGCCAAGCCCCAGGGACGAAGGUCCACUCCCAGCCUGUUGCUCCUCUGGAAGUCAGCAAACCCAUCGCCACGCCUCCACUACAGCCCAACGUCACCUCUGCCUGACAACAUCCUCUCUUCUUGUAAAGGGAAGAAGAGGUGGACAAAAAUGCUAAACAGAUACGUCCUUAAGUUAUUGAGAGAAAAAAAUCAAAAGUCUUGUUCCACCACCAGCUUGUUAUCAGCAUAUGAGCAGUGCUUCAGUGUGUGUGCUGUCUGCCUUCCCCAGUGCUUUAGACAAAGGCGUUCUUGGAUUGGGAGAUGUGUGGACAGACAUGCGGACCAGCCACACAAGGGGGACAGGGGAGGACCUGCCUCUGGAACCAGGUGGAAGGCCAAGGCCCCAAAGGGAGUGGCCAAAGAAUAUCAACAGAGAGCUAUUUUUUUUAAAGAGAAUCCAGCCAGGAAAAAGGGGGGUUUAUUUUUUAGCUUUUGCUGUGUCAUGCUAUAAAAAGCAAGAGUCUAUUUUUCAGAGCCACCGUACUUCACAAGUCCACAUCAUCCAUCAGCACAGUUGUGUUAUUUAUUAUAGGGCUGCUCAUUUUGUAUUACCAUUUGUAUUUCUUUUAAAGAACAGUCUCUGCCAUUGGAUUCUGUUCUCUAAGAUUAGGGCCUUUGGAAACUCAGAAUCAGAUUUGGCAAUUGCAGCAAGAUUCAGUCCUUUACAAGAAGUAUGUACAAACACUUUGCUGACAAAAAUACAGGAUUAAUUCAAACACUAAAGUUGGUUUGUGGAUUGCAACUUAAAAUGGUGAAGACCCAGUAUGAAUGUACAUUUUUGUAUAGUGUAAAGUAUUAAGUGCAUAGAAAGGUUGUACAGGUUCUUGGGACACGAUCUUCACUGAAUCUAAAAUACAUUGUUUAUGAAGGAACUUCAGUUCUCUCAAAAAAUAGUUUUAAGUCAAUUGCCAUAUCUCUUCCCUAACCUUAGUGUCUCAUGCUUUUGGUUUUGGGGCAAGGGAGAAAAGAAGCUGUGAAAUUGUUCAACCUCCUUUGUAACCAAAGAUGCAAAGCUGUGUCAUUUUUUUUUCUUUUUAUUUAUUUCUUUUGCUCUCAAUUCCCACUCCUGUACUUUCAUUAUUUUCUCCACCACUGUUUGUUCUUUCUUUGUUUCCUCUAUUGUUUCGUUUUUUUUUUUGCUGUUUAGCAUGUUCUGCAUGAUUUGUACUUGUCAAACCACUUUCUUACCUCAUAUUUGUAUUCAGCACUCUUAUUGUAAGAUAGUAGUCUGUGAACAUUGUACAUUUGGGGGAGCGAAUAGCUGAUGUCAAUGGAGGAGAGGAAUCUAGUGUUAUACUAGCCUCAGCCAAUGAAGUGAGCCAUGUUUUGUUCAUUGAAAUGGUGUUUGGAUUACAUAUGCCAAUAGUUUUGUUACAUUGCAAAUUUUAAUGUAUUUAAAUAAAUGCAAUAUUCAGAUCCA